CAGGCAUCGUUACACCUACGGACUGCCGUGAUAUCGGUGCAAACAGGCAGAUUGGAAAGAAGGAUUCAAGAAGAAACAAGCCGGAGUAUCCGAUAUGACGCUUCUGACAACUAUUAGCAAUGAUCAAAUCAAUGACAACCUCAAGAAGCGUUGGACCGUCGGAGAGAUCUACACUUACAUCGGCGGCGUAUUAAUUUCUGUAAACCCCUUUAGAGGUGAGGUCUCAUUUGUUCAAAUAUUGGUUUCUAACGUCGGGGUGAAAUGCUGCUUAGAUCUAGGAAUCUAUGCGGAUGAAACACUCCAGAAGUACAAGGGCAAGAAUCGACUCGAAGUUCCUCCGCAUGUAUUCAGCAUCGCAGAAUCUGCAUACUAUAACAUGAAUGCAUACCACGAAAACCAAUGUGUUAUUAUAUCUGGCGAGUCUGGUGCUGGAAAAACAGAGGCUGCCAAACGUAUUAUGCAAUACAUCGCGGCCGUGUCGGGAGGGGAGGAUAGCAGUAUACAGGAGAUCAAAGAAAUGGUGUUGGCCACUAAUCCUCUAUUGGAGAGCUUUGGUUGUGCAAAGACUCUUCGCAACAAUAAUUCAAGUCGUCAUGGCAAAUAUCUAGAGAUCAUGUUCAACGAUCACGGAGAGCCGAUCGGGGCUCAAAUAACGAAUUAUCUACUCGAGAAAGGCCGAGUAGUGGGGCAGAUAAAGAACGAGCGCAAUUUCCACAUCUUCUAUCAGUUCACGAAGGCUGCAUCAGAUGAGCAGCGAGAGCAAUUCGGGUUGCAGGGCCCAGAGGCGUAUUACUAUACCAGCAUGAGCGAUUGCUCAGACGUUCAGGGUAUUAACGAUUCAAACGACUAUGCCGAUACGCUGAACGCCAUGAGGAUCAUUGGCCUCAGUAAUCAGGAGCAGGACGAAAUUUUUCGUAUGCUCGCAAUUAUUCUAUGGCUUGGGAAUGUCCAAUUUCAGGAGAUGGAUGACGGAAAUGCGGCCAUCUCUGACACCGGAGUGACGGAUUUCAUUGCGUAUCUCAUGGAAGUAGACUCGGUGAUGGUGCAGAAGGUUCUGACGUCAAAAGUGGUAGAGACUCAGCGAGGCGGACGACGAGGCUCGGUCUAUGAUGUCCCCCUGAAUCCUGCGCAAGCAACCGCUGGAAGAGAUGCACUCGCAAAGGCGAUUUACAACAAUCUCUUCGAGUGGAUUGUUUCGAGAAUCAAUGUGUCGAUGAAGGCUCGAAGUGUCACGGCUCAACUCAUUGGCAUCCUGGAUAUUUUUGGUUUCGAGAUUUUCGAGGAUAAUUCUUUCGAGCAAUUAUGCAUCAACUAUGUCAACGAGAAACUUCAACAGAUCUUCAUCGAAUUGACUCUUAAGACCGAACAGGAGGAGUACGUCAGGGAGCAGAUCAAGUGGACUCCGAUCAAUUACUUUAACAACAAGGUUGUCUGCGACCUCAUUGAAGAGCGCAAACCCCCUGGAAUAUUUGCCGCUUUAAACGACGCCUGCGCAACAGCGCACGCUGAUCCAGCUGCGGCAGAUAACAGUUUUGUUCAGCGGACGGCUAUGUUAUCUUCCAACGCCCACUUUGAAGCUCGGGGAUCCCAGUUUUUGGUUCGUCACUACGCCGGAGACGUCAUGUACAACAUCGCAGGGAUGACAGACAAGAAUAAGGACGCACUCGUGAAGGACCUUUUCGAUUUGGUCGGCAGUAGCGGCAACCAGUUCCUUCAGACACUGUUCUCCGAUAGACCCGAUCCCUCAAGCAAGAAGAGACCGCCCACUGCUGGUGACAGGAUUAAGGCGUCGGCAGGUGCUCUCGUGGAUAAUUUGAUGAAAGCUCAGCCUUCUUAUAUUCGAACAAUCAAGCCAAACCAGAACCGUAGCGCGACUGAAUACGAUACCAAGGCCAUCUUGCAUCAAAUCAAAUAUCUCGGAUUAGAAGAAAACAUCCGUGUACGUCGCGCAGGGUUUGCGUACAGAAACACCUUCGAAAAAAUGGUGGAACGUUUCUACCUUUUGUCGCCUUCAACCUCGUACGCUGGUGAAUAUACAUGGCAGGGAGACGCGAAAUCGGGUUGCGAGCAAAUUCUCAGGGACACAGGGAUAGCCAAGGAUGAGUGGCAGAUGGGGGUUACAAAGGCCUUUAUCAAGAAUCCCGAAACACUGUUUGCCUUGGAGACUAUGCGUGACCGUUACUGGCAUAACAUGGCAGCUCGUAUUCAGCGAGCCUGGAGAAACUACUGGCGCUAUAAAAAUGGGUGCGCUAUUCGCAUUCAGAGGUUUUGGAGGAACAACAAAGAAGCUCUUGAAUAUGCCAAAGUCCGCGACUACGGUCAUCAGGUGUUAGCAGGAAGAAAAGAACGCAGACGUUACAGCCUCCUCAGCUAUCGCCGGUUUCUGGGCGACUAUCUUGAUGUCAAUGGCAAGAAUAUCGUUGGCUCUGAUUUGCGUUCUGCCUGUGAUCUGGGUGUGGAGCAGGUCACCUUCAGCUCGAAAGCGCAAAUAUUGGUGUCCAGUUUUGGUCGGACCAGCAAACUUAGCCCACGUUUCCUUGUGGUGACUGCAAAAGCUGUGUACAUUGCGGUAACUUCUGAGAAGGAUGGUCAGAUACAAACUUCGCUUGAACGCAAAAUCCCCUUGAUAACUAUCAAAAGUAUUUCGAUGUCUAAUUUAAGGGAUGAUUGGCUGGCAUUGAAUUGUAAUGCCUCUGAAGAGGGUGAUCCGAUUCUUCAUUGCCAUUUCAAGACGGAGUUGACUGCGAAUCUUCUUACGCUCACGCAAGCUAGUAUCAACGUCUUGAUUGGCCCGUCGAUCGAGUAUGCGAAGAAGAAGAACAAGAAGGCACAGAUCCAGUUCGUCAGGGACGAGACGAUCACAACAGACGGCGUAUACAAGAGCCAUGCUGUGCGUGUCCCUUCUGGUGAACCUCCAUCGAGCACCUCUCGACCUGCUGCAAAGAGAAAACCUGGUAUUGUUAGACCCAUCACCCAAGGAAAACUCCUUCGCGCUGGCGGCCCCUCAGAUGUAAAGACUUCCAGGCCGAAGCCAGCCGCCCAACCACUGCCAGGGAAAUCUGCACCUCUUGCUGCCGUCAAGCAAACACCGGUGGCACCUCCUAAAUUAACCCCCACGCCUCCUACUCGUAAAUCAGUUCCGCUGCCACCACCGCCACCCAAGGAACCCGACGCAGAGUUAUACAAGGCAAAGUUCGCUUUUGAGGGUCAAGAAGGCGAGAUAUCUUUGAAGAAGGAUGAUAUCGUGGAACUGGUUGAGAAGGACGACAAUGGGUGGUGGCUUGUCAGGAAGGACGGACAAGAGGGCUGGGCCCCAAACAAUUACCUAGAACUUGUGCCGCCAAAACCUAAAGCGGCACCUGCCGUACGCCCCCCUCCAGCUCGACCGCCACCCCCUUCAGCUCCGCUAGCAGCCGUUGCAGCUGCCCCUGCUUCAGUUUUGAAACCAACUGUGUCGGCAAUGUCUGCGAAGUCAUUGUCAGCAGAUGGGUUGGCUAAGCCCGUGGCUGUUUUUCCUGGCCUUGCGCCCUCGAAUGGCUCCGCAGCGCCUUGGAAGAAGCCUUCCGCUGUAUCAGCCAAUGGUUCAUUAAGCAGUACACCUGCAAGCUCUCGCCCUUCAAGCUCACUAGCUGUAAAACCCCCUCCUCCAGUGGCCACCAAACCUAAACCAGUGCCACCACCUGUCGCAUCGAAACCAAGCGGCGGCAAGCCCCCUGCUAAGCCACCUAUGCCCACCGCCCCGCGACCAGGCCCCGGCGCUGCGCCACCGAAGAUUUCGAAGCUUAGUGCACCUACUGGUCAAAUGGACUUGGCUGCUGCGCUCGCGAAGCGUGCACAGAAGAUAGCCGAUGAGUGAUCUAAUAAAUUAUCCGACUUCGUACAAUACCAUUUCAAUGACUUUUACUUAGAAACGUGGCAUUAGAAACAUGAGAUUCAGGAUUCGUGUAAACAUAUUGGAUAAUGUGACGGGACGUGAAAUGCUUGUGGGGUAUCA